CAAUUACGUUUUCGUCUCUCACACCUGCAAAUCCUCCUCCAACUCAUAUUAAAUCUUUUCAUAGCAAUCAGCUCAAUAAGACGUACCAAUCGACACCAAUAUCGAAGUUAGAAACGUUGCCUUCGUCGAGCACGUGGUGGGUCAGUGAAGAUUUCCCACUUCGGACCGGUUGCGAUGCAAAGCAGCGUUGCCUCACCACCACCAGAGAGCAACGCCCAUCAUCAACAUCUUGUGCACACCAACGGCCACCACGACGUGCAUCCUGAGCUGGACCAGCAGCUUCAGAAUGGCACACCGGAAGAAAUCAAGAAGGAAAAUGUUCCAAACGGCCUGAAUCAUGGCUCCUCUCUCCCUCCCGCCCUUCCAUUAGACCAGUCCGAACCUCCCUCGAAGAGACGCAGGCUUGACUCCCAGAGACUGUCGCGUCCGCCAUCACCACCGUGGAAGAAGGUUGCUGCAGAGGGGCCCAGCUCAUUUCUAAUCGAUGGCAGACGGAAAUCAUCACGUACUAAUACUGUCCCUUCUGAACCCGAACCGCCUUCUGGUAAACGACGCACCCGCGCCGAAUCCAACACUUCCGUCACUCGACCAAGCUAUGCCGCUCUACACAAUGGGAAGCACUACGAGGCACCCACAAAUGGCGCGAUGUCCAGCCCCAAAUCCACACCUCGACCCCCUCCAAACAAAGCUACUGGUCAAACCGAGUUCAAGAAACCAAAAGCCAUGCUGCCAAACGGAGACAGGGCGCGAGGUGGAAAACACUCAUCCUCUGCAGCAAACACAUCACCCUCGAAGCCAUCCGCCCAGACACACCCACGUCGAACCUCAUCCUCUCGAUCGAACAUACAAGACCCGUCAACGAAUACGCCUCCGUCACAAGGGUCAGCGCGCGGACGUGGUCGGGGCGGUCGCCCUCGAAAAUCAGAUAUAAUCUCUCGCGUUGGCCCCUCAGACUCACCUUCCGAACCCACCGCCCCAUCCUCGGCUGGUCCUGCACGAUUACGUCUACGUAUACGAAAUGCAAAUCAACCCGAGCUGCGGCAUCUCGGGACGCUCCCACCGCUGCGGAAAUAUAACACAUUCCAAGAAUGGCUAUCGCAUGAUGACCCUUUCCAAGGUGACGAAGAAAGUAGGCCUUCGGUGGACAAAAUCACAUCGAAAGCAGACGAAAUCAUACGCCUGCAGAAAGCGUGCGGACCUGGUGGACCCCUAGAACACAAGGAGAACCUGUUCGAUGCAUUUGAAGAGGAGCAAGCGGGCCUGAAAGACCCAUAUCAAGCUUAUGGAGCAGUAUACAGCCAUUGGGACCAUGUCGUUGCACACGCCACUCAUUUCCGCCGACUCAUGCGAAGAGAAGCCCGUGCACAUGUUGGUAUGGCCAAGCGUAUCGCCAAUGAAGUUGCUGAGGAGGUCGCAACGAACCCGAAAUGGGAGAGCAGGCGGUUGCCGGUGGAUAAGAACGAGGUGUGGCGCCAAGAGGAGGCAUGGCAGCGGCAGCGGUACAAGCAGGUCGUCCGGGAUAUGGCGAAGGCGUGGGAACUGGUCCGGGCGGAGGUCAAGAAAGAGAAGCUGCGGCAGUGGGAGAUGGAGCAGCAUGCGGAAGGAAAGAGAGCUCUGGAUGAUAUGCUGGACAAGGCGAAGGUCUUAGUCGAGAAGCGAAGAAGGAGGAGCGAAGGCGCGGGAAGCGAUGUAAUGGAUGAGAGCGACAUGGACGACGACGAAGCCGAAGUCGAAUAUUUCGAUGAAAACGAGCCUUUGAUCGAUAGCCAAAUGCAGUCUGAUAACGAAAAGGAGGACACAGAAAGGGUGGGAUCAGAUGAGGAUGAAGACGAAGACCUGGAUUCUGAUGUCAUGUCUUCUACGGAUGACAGCGAAGAAGAAGUUCAACAAGACGCGGACGACGACGCGGGUCUGGACCAGGAAGCCUUGCGUCAAAAGUAUUCGCACAUACUUCAGGAGCAAGAAAGACUUGCCAACGGUGUGGAGGAGGCGGAUGAAGACCAUGCCUCAGAAACUGGCACGGAUGCAGAUCAAUCUGCAGCGGACAUGGACGAGGAAGAUCUCGAGCCUGAUGCUGUCCCUGGCGCCGAAGAUCAUACUCCAGACUCGGCGGAAGCCGAUAGAGAUUCCGACAAAUCCAAUGGCAUCGACGUAUCUGCGAUCGAGCUGGACGAAGUCGAUCCUAUGCUUCUUGACGAUGAAGACGAAUCAACCGACAUGGAUAGCGAUAUGGGCACAGAAGAAUCCGAAGAGGAAGAAAGCGGUAGCGAAGAGGAUGAAGAAGAGGGGCCAAGCCUACUGGGAUUCUUCUCUAAAUCUAAGAUCCAGCAAAUGAAAGAGCAAGCGAAAGAGCAUCUGGCUAACGGAGUUGAUCACGAUGAUGAAGAUUCCGCUUCUGUCCGUCAUGACGAGGUCGAGAUCGACGAGAAGCCUCACGACUCCGCAAUGGAUUCAAUUACCGACCUUGCCGAGACAGAUCCUGCGAAAGACGAAUUGCUUCAUAAUGGACACGCCAGGGAUAGUUCGAUGGUCGAUGAUGAUGAGAUUGAAGAAAUCGAACGCAAAGAUCUGCCAGAUACUACCAUUAAGGAUGUCUCUCGACCUUCUUCGAUGGAACCCCAGACCCUCAACCAACCAAGCGUCCACACGGAGAUUCCGUCCCUGCUACUUCGAGGUACUCUUCGGGAAUAUCAGCACCAGGGUCUUGAUUGGCUUGCCGGGUUGUACUCGCAGAACACGAAUGGAAUUCUCGCAGAUGAGAUGGGUCUUGGCAAAACGAUUCAGACGAUUUCACUCCUAGCUCAUCUAGCAGUACAUCACCAUGUCUGGGGUCCACAUCUGAUCGUCGUGCCAACGUCUGUCAUGCUGAACUGGGAGAUGGAGUUCAAGAAAUGGUGUCCUGGAUUCAAGAUUUUGACCUAUUACGGCACUCAAGAGCAGCGCAAGAAGAAGCGGCAAGGCUGGAUGAACGAGGAUCUUUGGAAUGUGGUCAUUACCAGCUACCAACUGAUCCUGCAAGAUGCACAGGCGUUCAAGAAGCGGAAUUGGCACUAUCUGGUGCUCGAUGAAGCGCACAAUAUCAAGAACUUUCAGACACAACGGUGGCAGACACUCCUGACGUUCAAGACGCGUGCAAGGCUUCUUCUGACAGGAACCCCGUUGCAGAACAACCUUAGCGAGCUUUGGUCCUUGCUUUUCUUCCUCAUGCCCGGCGGUAUCGAUGGCCAGGGAGGAUUUGCAGAGCUUGAGAAGUUCACGAACGCCAUGCGAAGACCGGCCGAUCAGAUCCUUGACCAAGGUCGGCAAAAGCUCGAUCUUGAAGCGCAAGCCGCCGUGAACAAGCUACACGAAGUGCUCCGACCAUACCUCCUCCGCCGACUGAAAGCGGAUGUCGAAAAACAAAUGCCCGGCAAAUACGAGCACGUCGUCUACUGCCGACUUUCCAAAAGACAACGUCAGCUAUAUGACGAGUUCAUGGGGCGGACAGAUACGCGCAGAAUACUUACCAGUGGAAACUACAUGAGCAUCAUCAAUUGCUUGAUGAGCUUGAGAAAGGUCUGCAAUCACCCCGAUUUGUUCGAAACCAGACAGAUUGUUACCAGCUUUGCUCUUCCGAAGUCAGUCAUCGCCGACUUUGAGAUUAAAGACCUGCUAGUCCGUCGCCGGUUGCUUGCCGACGGGUCUUCGGAUAAGGUUGAUCUUGACUUUAUUGGCCUUCGUCCCGUCUCUGACGAAAGGAUAACUACGGCCAACGCCCUGAGAACUCAAUAUCUCCAAGCAAGUCGGCAACUGGAUUUCUAUGCAUCCAAACUGAGUCAUGUGCUACAAGGUCGUAAAAACGUCGGCGUCUCGACGCUUGAAUCGAACCUUGAAGAGAUCAAAUUUAAGGAGCAGCUUGGAGUGAUGGAGCAACUUCGAACGACUGCAAGAAUCACACGGGCAAGAACACUCAAACGGCCAAUCUAUGGGCUGGGGCUUGUGGAACUGGCAACGUUACGUCACACGAAAGGAGUGUAUCCACGCCUCGGUCGAAGCAUUGGUGCUGUCAGAGAAGUGGUAUCAGAUCUGCCUGAAGAUGUCUCUCUCCCUUCCACGCCGGCAUUUUCGGAAAUGUUCUGCUCUCUCGAAGAGCGAUCACGGAGCAUGGAGAUGACGGUGGCCAAGUUCGGCUGCAUCACGCCUGCAGUUUAUGCGAGCGACAUGGCCGAGCUCUCCUUGUCCCCGGGUCUGAUCAAAUAUGCUCGAGCAUAUGGACAGCAACAACAUAAUCCUCUCCACGAGGCGCAAGUGCGACUGUCGAUUGCAUUCCCGGAUAAACGACUCUUGCAGUACGAUUGCGGCAAGCUGCAACGACUCGACAAACUCCUCCGACAGCUCCAAGCUGGCGGUCAUCGCGCCCUUAUCUUCACUCAAAUGACGAAAGUCCUCGACAUCCUUGAAUCGUUCCUCAACAUCCACGGUCAUCGCUACCUCCGCCUUGAUGGCGCCACGAAGAUCGAACAGCGCCAAAUCCUCACCGAACGCUUCAACAAUGACCCCCGAAUCCUCUGCUUCAUCCUUAGUUCUCGGUCAGGUGGCCUCGGCAUCAACCUCACUGGCGCCGACACUGUCAUCUUCUACGACCUCGAUUGGAAUCCCGCAAUGGACAAGCAAUGCCAGGACCGCUGCCACCGCAUCGGCCAGACCCGCGACGUGCACAUCUACCGAUUUGUCUCCGAAUACACCAUCGAAGCCAACAUCCUCCGAAAGAGCAACCAGAAACGUCUUCUCGACGACAUCAUCAUCCAAAAGGGUGAAUUCACCACCGACUACUUCAACCGCGUCACGUACCGAGAUGCGCUACCCGACCUCGGAGACGAUGCCGAAGCCUCCGCCGCAAUGGACAAAGUCCUGGGUGACGUCACCGGCCUCGGCCAAGUCUUCGAAUCCGUUGAAGAUCGCGAAGACGCGGUCGCAGCGAAGACCGCCACGAACGAAAUGCAGCACAUCGACGCGGCCGACUUCAACGAGAUGGCGGCCGUCAGCACCUCCUCUGGGAACGGCACGCCGAAAACGUCGGUGCCGCCCACCCCUGCUGACGGGAUGGACGACUCUCGCACCGUCACGGUCCAUCCAGAGACGAUCGUCGAGGAGGUCCCGCACGUAGACGACUAUAUGAUGCAGCUGAUGCGCGAAGAGUUGAAGCAUCUGAUUGUGGUGCCACCGGGGCGGGAUAAGAAAAAGAAGAAGGGGAACCCGGGAGGAGAUCAUCGGCGGCGGAGGAGGUAGGAUGAGGUGACAUGAUUUUGUAUGAUUAGAGGACGAUGAAAAGUCGGUUUGGGCGAACGGCGCACCGUGGCCGGUGCAUGCAUGGUUCGGGAGUCAUCCACCGGGAGGCGAAUUGAUAGAACACAGAACGCAUAGCGUGGGUUGGGGUUUGAUGAUUCCGGUUUGUAUGAUAGAAAAUAAUAAACCACGACGAUGCCAUACACAUUG